CCCAAAUUUAUCACAUUUUCUUUAAAAAUGCAUUGAGCAAUUCCCGAAUCCCGGCAUUUUCCUUUACUGGAGUGGCUACUGACUACUGUGAGACCUUCAAAACCCUAAUUAAGCUCGUUCCUUCGUCAUCUUCUACAUUCUGAAAGCAUAAUCUAGGCCAACAAUGUCGAUUGCCGCAGGUCAUCACGUCUACAUCAAAUUCUCCGAGCUCAACAAGCCAAAGGUAUACUUUUCGGGGAGUCGCUUGAGAAUGAGUUCCAGCAGAGUUUUUGCGGCAUUAUCUGUUACCAAGGAUGUUUCGAAUUACAUACCAGCAGCUCCGAUAUUACUGCCUGAAGGGCCAUGGAAUCAGAUUCCAGGUGGAGUUACAGCUGCAAAGGGUUUCAAAGCUGCUGGGAUGUAUGGUGGAUUGCGUGCAGUUGGAGAGAAGCCUGAUCUUGCUCUGGUCGCUUGUGAUGUAGAUGCCAUAUCUGCAGGUGCAUUUACUACUAAUGUGGUUGCAGCUGCACCUGUGCUGUACUGUAAGCAGGCCCUUGAGAAGUCGGCAACGGCACGUGCAAUACUAAUAAAUGCUGGUCAGGCGAAUGCAGCAACGGGUGAUGCAGGUUACCAGGAUGUUAUAGAAUGUUCUCAUGCCCUUGCUGAGUUGAUGCAACUGAAACCAGACCAAGUCUUGAUAGAAUCCACUGGUGUGAUAGGCCAACGCUUGAUUAGAAAAGCCAUUUUCUGGGCUGUGGCUGUUCACCUUGGAUUUUACUUUUACAUGAGAAAUGAGGCUCUUCUCAAGUCACUUCCAGACUUGGUAAAUCGUUUAUCAUCAACAGUCGAGGGGGCAGACUCUGCUGCUGUAGCAAUAACUACCACUGAUCUUGUAAGAAAAAGUGUCGCGAUUGAAUCUGAGGUUAGUGGAAAAAGAGUAAUAGUUGGUGGUAUGGCAAAGGGUUCUGGUAUGAUUCAUCCUAACAUGGCUACCAUGCUUGGGGUCAUAACAACUGAUGCCUUGGUUACAACAGAUGUUUGGCAACAAAUGGUGCGAGUUGCUGUGAACCGUAGUUUUAAUCAAAUUACUGUUGAUGGAGAUAGCAGCACUAAUGACUGUGUUAUUGCUUUGGCUAGUGGCCUUUCAGGAACAAAUGAGAUUUCUUCAUUAAACAAUUCCGAAGCCAAACAUCUGCAAGCAUGUCUGGAUGCUGUAAUGCAAGGUCUUGCCAAAUCAAUAGCUUGGGAUGGUGAAGGAGCAACAUGCUUGAUUGAGGUUAAUGUGUCUGGAGCAAGCAACGAAACAGAAGCAGCAAAGGCUGCAGUAUAUGGCAGGGAUCCAAAUUGGGGCCGUAUAGCUUGUGCUGCUGGUUAUGCAGGAAUUCCUUUCGAUCAAAAUGAACUCCGAAUAUCACUUGGCGAUAUUCAAUUGAUGCACAAUGGACAGCCUCUGCCUUUUGACAGGGCUGCCGCUAGUAAUUAUCUCAGAACGACAGGCGAGAAACAUGGAACGGUUGUCAUUCAUAUUUCCAUUGGUAAUGGUCCAGGGAGUGGGCAGGCAUGGGGCUGUGAUCUCAGCUAUGAUUAUGUGAAGAUAAAUGCUGAGUACACCACAUAAUCUUCUUCAAAAAGAAACUGCAUGUACUCAGCUACCCAUAUUCUCUUCUAUAAUCUUAGUCCCUUCUUUUUUUUUAAACUCGUCCACAAAUGUAUUUUGAUGGAACUCAAAAUGAUUUCAUUUGUGACAACAAUUAAAACAAUCAAAUAUAAUACUCUUCAUCUACUUGUUUUGCAGAACUAAUAAUAUGGGAAUUAUCUUAAUUGCUAUUUUGUUGGACUAAAUUUGAAUUUCUUGGAUUGAGGCGAGCAUGCCCUGUGAGUGACCCGCUCAGCAUCUACAAUUGAGUUUGGCUCUUCAUUUUUAUCUUUUCACGAUUCAUCAAAAGAAAAAGCAGAUUUGUUGGAAAAGUCCCA